CCUAGCGAGCAGCCGGGUGGGCUGAGGGGGCGGCGGCGGUGUAGGAGCCGGGGAAGUUUGGGAGACGCGGCCAGUUCUGCCAUCCAGAGCGCCACUCAAGCCCCGAGGACCGCGGGAGCAGGUGGCCCCGCUUCCCGACGACCCCGGACCUGCAGCCGUCGUCUCGUGUCCUUUUGCCUGGUAAGGGGCUUCUAUCUGGAAAGGGAGGUAUUUAAGCUUCUAAAAUGUCAUCGGUCAAGCCUCUAGUUUAUGCAGUUAUUCGUUUCUUGCGGGAACAAAGUCAGAUGGAUGCAUAUACUUCUGAUGAACAAGAAAGUUUGGAAGUUGCAAUUCAGUGCUUGGAGACAGUGUUUAAGAUCAGUCCAGAAGAUACACAUCUAGCAGUUUCACAGCCUUUGACAGAAAUGUUCACAAACUCCGUCUGUAAGAAUGACAUGGUGCCCCUUUCAAACUCGGUGCCUGAAGAUGUGGGGAAGGCCGAUCAGUUGAAGGAUGAAGGCAAUAACCACAUGAAAGAGGAAAAUUACACUGCCGCGGUGGAUUGCUACACACAGGCCAUAGAGCUGGAUCCCAAUAAUGCGGUUUAUUACUGCAACAGAGCCGCUGCCCAAAGCAAAUUAAGUCACUACACAGAUGCAAUAAAGGACUGUGAGAAAGCAAUAGCGAUUGAUUCAAAAUACAGCAAGGCCUACGGAAGGAUGGGGCUGGCCCUCACUGCCAUGAAUAAGUUUGAAGAGGCAGUUACAAGCUACCAGAAGGCACUGGAUCUUGAUCCUGAAAAUGAUUCCUAUAAGUCAAAUCUGAAAAUAGCAGAACAGAAGUUAAGAGAGGUGGCUAGUCCUACAGGAUCUGGCUUGAGCUUUGACAUGGCUAGCUUGAUAAAUAACCCGGCGUUCAUCACCAUGGCUGCAAGCUUAAUGCAGAACCCUCAAGUUCAACAGCUAAUGUCAGGAAUGAUGACAAAUGCCAUCGGGGGACCUGCUGCUGGGGUUGGAGGCCUAACGGACCUGUCUAGCCUCAUCCAAGCGGGACAGCAGUUUGCUCAGCAGAUCCAACAGCAGAAUCCUGAACUUAUAGAGCAGCUGAGGAAUCACAUCCGCAGCAGGUCGUUCAGCAGCAGUACAGAAGAACAUUCCUGACUUGAUCGGGACCCUCACCCCCAGUACAGAUAACUUAUGGUUCCUACAUGUCCACCUGUAGAUAAUAGCCCAAAACCAAGUAACCGAAACCACCCUACACAAUGUCUGGAAAUAAUGGAGGAAAGUCUCUUGCGUAAACCUGGGAGAGUCCAUCCGUUUAGAGUAUAGUUUAUCACCAACAGACUUGAACAUAACACAAACUCCUUCGGAAACAAACCAUCAGUAGCCUUGUUAAGUGCUAAUACAGCCUUGGGACAAGGGCCCAUCCAUUUUAAAACUUUUAUCAUCCUGUUUGUAUAUCAGACUUAGUACAGAGUAUAUUUAUUGAACAGUAGGGCUAUUUAUUGGAAAGUUCUUUAGCUACAGGUUUCCCUAGGCCAUGGUUUUGAGAGAGGAGAUGACUAAGUGGAGAGACUUCUCAUGCUGGUUUGGAAGAAAUGUGCCUGGUAGCACAUCAGGAGAGGCACAUCAGGCUUUGGGAUGUGCCACCAUCAGUAACACAUGUCUGUUGUGGGUACCAGUACUCUCUGUAGGGUGGCUUAUACUGGGGACAGGGAAUCUUUAGUUUGGUGCAGGCGAUGUUUUGGAGAUACUGUGAAUGUACAGAAUGCACCGGAAGGAUGCUCAGGUUUUCUGCCUCGAUUUUAACUAAUCCUGUCUGUAGUUUAGCGUUGGUAGCAUUCGCAUGGUCAGUUAAGUACAUAAUGAAGCACACUUGGAGCUCCUUAACAGUACUGGUCGGGCCAGUGAACACAACUGCUCUGUUCAUUGUCCUGGCCUAAUUGUCAGUUUCACUGGUGGGAAACUGACAGGGCAGUGUCUAGUUACACUUUAAAAAGCCACUGACUUGGCCCCAAACUAUGGAAUUUCUAAGUGGAUUUUAAUUAUGUACCCAUCCACGAUGAUUUUAUUUUUUUACUUUACCAUUAUUUGAUGGGUAACAAAGGCAUCUAUUGCUGACAUUGCUCAUCUGUGGGAUCCUUGGCUGCAGUUUGGCUUAGCAUGACAGUCUUAUGCUUAACUUUAAUUUAUUGCAAUUUAAACAUAUCAAGAGACUUCAGAUAUAUUUAUGCAUCUGGCGUAUGGUUAGUAGAAAGAAAUGGCAUGAAAUACUAAUGGCAUGACUCUAGGUGACUUGGUGGAUGAGAAAAUUUCAGUUUCAAAUGGAAUUUGUCUAUGGACCAAAAAAUUGGUUAAACGGGGGCUGCUAUGUAAUGAUUUUAUGGUGACAAAGGAAGAGUGAAAGAGAACAUAAUUUAAGAUGACACCAACCUCAGGGCCUUCCCACAGCU